AUGCCUUUUGGAAGUCGGCUGAGAAUUUCAUUUGCUCCUGGUGAAACUGAUGUCGUUGCAGCGGUGGUGUUGCUGGCGCUCGCUGGCGUUAUUGGCCUUACAUUACUGGUCCUGGGAUGCGCACUGCCAAUGUUCGGGACAUGGUGGCCAAUGUUCGUUGUUGUAUUCUAUGUGCUGGUACCAAUGCCACUGUCGAUAGCUCGUCGCUAUCAGGAGGAUAUGGCCGGUACCUCGGCAUGCGUUGAAUUCGCUCUGUUCAUAACAACUGGUAUUAUUGUAUCGGCAUUUGCGCUGCCAAUGGUGCUUGCACAUGCUGGAGUGAUCAAAUGGCUGGCGUGUGUUUGCGCUGAUCUCGGCUCGUUGGUGAUGUUCUUGACGAUCCUUAGCUAUUUCUAUUUGCAUCAGGAAGAAGACGGAAGCAUGUGGAAUCAGCCGCUGUUCUGA